GCCUUCUGCUGCCUCCCGCCGCCUCUGGACCAUGGACCCCCGUAAAGUGAGCGAGCUUCGAGCCUUCGUGAAAAUGUGCAAGCAGGGCCCGAGCGUUCUGCACACCGAGGAAAUGCGCUUCCUGAGGGAGUGGGUGGAGAGCAUGGGGGGUAAAAUACCACCUGCUACUCAUAAAACUAAAUUGGAAGAAAAUACCAAGGAAGAAAAAACAGAUAGUAAGAAGGCGGAGGAAAACAUAAAGACAGACGAACCAUCAAGUGAGGAGAGUGAUCUAGAAAUUGACAAUGAAGGUGUGAUUGAACCAGACACUGAUGCCCCUCAAGAAAUGGGAGAUGAAAAUGUAGAGAUAACCGAGGAGAUGAUGGAUCAGGCAAAUGAUAAAAAAGUGGCUGCCAUUGAUGCCCUAAAUGAUGGUGAACUACAGAAAGCCAUUGACUUGUUCACAGAUGCCAUCAAGCUAAAUCCUCGUUUGGCCAUUCUGUAUGCCAAGAGAGCGAGUGUCUUCAUCAAAUUACAGAAGCCAAAUGCUGCCAUCCGAGACUGUGACAGAGCUAUUGAAAUAAAUCCUGAUUCUGCUCAGCCAUACAAGUGGCGAGGGAAAGCACACAGACUUUUGGGCCAUUGGGAAGAAGCUGCCCAUGAUCUUGCCCUUGCCUGUAAGCUGGAUUAUGAUGAAGAUGCUAGUGCAAUGCUGAAAGAAGUUCAACCAAGGGCCCAGAAAAUUGCUGAACAUCGGAGAAAGUAUGAGCGAAAACGUGAAGAGCGAGAGAUCAAAGAAAGAAUAGAAAGGGUCAAGAAGGCUCAGGAAGAACAUGAGAGAGCCCAGAGGGAGGAAGAAGCCAGACGACAAUCAGGAGCUCAGUAUGGCUCUUUUCCAGGUGGCUUUCCUGGCGGAAUGCCUGGUAAUUUUCCUGGAGGAAUGCCUGGAAUGGGAGGGGGCAUGCCUGGAAUGGCAGGAAUGCCUGGGCUCAAUGAAAUUCUUAGUGAUCCAGAGGUUCUUGCAGCCAUGCAGGAUCCAGAAGUUAUGGUGGCCUUCCAGGAUGUGGCUCAGAACCCGGCAAAUAUGUCAAAAUAUCAGAGCAACCCAAAGGUUAUGAAUCUCAUCAGUAAAUUGUCGGCCAAAUUUGGAGGUCAAGCAUAAUGCCCUUCUGACAAAGCCCCUGCUGAAGAAAAAGCAACUUACAUCACCUAAUGGAUGUCGCAAUAAUACAAACCAGUGUACCUCUGAUCUUCUCAUGAAGAAAGCUGGGGUGCUUUGAAGAUAAUCCCUACCCCUCUGCUCCAAAUGCAGCUGAAACAUUUUACAGUGGUUUGCCAUUAGGGUAUUCAUUCAGAUAAUGUUUUCUUACUAGAAAUUUAAAACUUUAAACAAUUUUUAAAUCUUAAAAAUAUUUAAAACAAAUUAAAAGGGUGUGUUAAUCCCUACAUUUG